AUGUUAAAUUUGUAAUAUGUUACAGAAGAGGUGUAUACUUUUGAAAAUGAGGAAGAGAUUAUAAAAGCCUUAAGUUUAGAUUAAUUUCAACCAGGAACUUUCAAUCCUCUUAAUAAAUCAAUCAGUUAUAAGAUAAAUCAUAAUAAAUGUAUUCGAUUAAGAGAUUUGAUAUUUUGGAUUGUAAUUAUAUAAAUAUAUUAAAUUCUUAAUAGGAAUCAGAUUUUGUUAGAAUUCAUUUAGGUUAAUUGUUAUAUUUAAUAUUAUCCAUAUUAGAAAAAGUUUAAUAUAUAGAAAAUAAAGGAAUUUAACAUAAUUAUUUAGAUUUAAAUAGAAUUUGGAUGAAAUUAUCAGAAACUAGUUAAUAUCCAAGUUUAAUAUAUUAAUUCUUAGAUUAUUCAAUACAUUUCACAGGAUAUAAUUGCUCAAUAAAAGAUUAAAAUUUAUAUUAAUAACAAGCAUCAAUUAAAAUUAAAGAAAUCAUAAAAAUAAUAAUUGAUAAAUGUUUUAUUAGAAUUCAAUUAAAAAAGAAUAAUAAUUAAGAAAUAAGAAAUUAAAUAUAUUAAUAGAUAUUAUAACCAAUAAUAGAUUUAUGUAAUUCUAAUUAAUCUAUUAAUAUAAUUAUUGAAUACAUUAAAUAAAAAUUAAAUGAUUAUAAUUAUUAAUAUAAUUAAAAGAAUAAAAUAAUAUAAUCAUUAAAUAUUGAUGAUAAUGAUAAUGAUUAUAUUGGAUCAAAAAGAUAUAAAUUAAUUUAAAAUGUUAAUAAUGAUAUUAAAUAAAUUAUUCAAUUUGGAUAAUAAUAUGGAAUUAUUAUAAUUGAAUAUUUAUUAAAUUAUAGUAUUCCAAUAAUUGCUAAUAAUCUAAAAUCAUAUUCAUUAAUUGAUUAUUAAAAAAAAGCUUUAAAAUAAUAAAAUAUUUAGAAUGAAAGAUAUAAAGAAUUAACAAAAAUGAUAGAAUAACAUAUUUAAGAUGUAGUAAAAUAUAAUUUAGAUGAAUAUUCAAAUUAUUAUAAAUUUGAUAUAAAUGAAUAAGAAAUAAAAUAAUUGGAACAGGAAAUCAUUAAUUCUAUUCUUCAAUCUCCAUAAGUUAAAUAUUUUUAUAAUACAUAUUGGUUUUAACAAAAUGAAUAAAAUUGUUAUAUAUUUGCAGCAAUAACCAAAAUUUCAAAAAAAGAAAUAGAUGAUAAAUUAGAAACCCUUUUCGUGCACAAAAUAUUAUUGUUGAUUAUUGAUUUAAUAUGA